ACAGACUCACUCUGUUAGGCCACGCCCACAUGAAGGAGGCGCUCGGUCGCCAUAGCAACAUGAAGUACAGGAAUCUUGGGAAAUCUGGACUGAGAGUGUCCUGCUUAGGCCUGGGAACAUGGGUGACGUUUGGCUCUCAGAUCUCUGACGAGGUACUCAGUAGUGUAAUGUCGGUGGCGUACGACAGUGGAGUGAACUUGUUCGACACGGCUGAGGUCUACGCCUCAGGGAGGGCAGAGAGGACUCUGGGAAACAUCCUGAAGAAGAAAGGAUGGAGGCGGUCCAGUUACGUGGUGACCACGAAGCUCUACUGGGGAGGACAGGCGGAGACAGAGCGAGGGUUGUCCCGGAAACACAUCAUUGAAGGUCUGCGUGGCUCUCUCUCCAGGUUACAGUUGGACUAUGUGGACAUUGUCUUCGCAAACCGGAGUGACGUCAACGCACCGAUGGAGGAGGUGGUUCGAGCGAUGACCUUUGUGAUCGAGCAGGGAAUGGCCAUGUACUGGGGAACAUCACGCUGGAACGCAGUGGAGAUCAUGGAGGCAUACUCUGUGGCGCGGCAGUUUAAUCUGGUUCCUCCGGUGUGUGAGCAGGCCGAGUAUCAUUACUUCCAAAGAGACAAAGUAGAGCUGCAGCUGCCAGAGCUUUACCACAAGAUAGGGGUCGGAGCCGUGACCUGGUCCCCACUGGCCUGUGGCCUGCUGACGGGGAAAUACAACCAGGGAGUCCCGGAGACAUCCAGAGCUGCCAUGAAGGGCUAUGAUUGGCUGAAGGAGCGUCUCUGCAGUGAUGAGGGGAAGAAGCAGCUGAGUAAGAUCAGAGAGCUCCACCAGCUGGCAGACAGACUCAACUGCACCGCUGCUCAGCUCGCCAUCGCGUGGUGUCUCCGUUCUGAAGGAGUCAGUUCGGUUCUUCUCGGAGUCUCGAACACGGAGCAGCUGCUGGAGAACCUCGGCUCCAUCACCGUCCUGUCUCAGCUGACUCCGCCCCUCGUCGCCGAGAUGGACGCGUUGCUCGGCAACAAGCCACGAAACGGCAAGGAGGCGGCGAAACGCUGAAGA